AUGUCCGACAGGUCAAUCCGCGAACGUUCUACGGAGCCAGGUUACCUGGAAGAGAAAGUCGAAGUCACCGGUCAUGUGGACCGAGUUGAGUUGAGCGUCGAGCAGAAAACCACCGGCCACCGAGACUACCAUGGCAUCGACACCACUCAUGUACAACCUGGUGCCGAUGCUGCCUACGAAGCGAAGAUCGCACUCGUCAAUGAAGCGUUGAUUGAUAUUGGCAUGGGACCGUUCCAGUGGAAGCUCUUCAUACUUACUGGUUUCGGGUGGUUUGUGGAUAAUGUCUGGCUACAAGCUAUCACCAUCGUCGGUCCGGCUAUCCAGCGAGAGUUCGCUGUCAAACGCAUCGCCUUCCUUACUGUCGCCAAGUACGUUGGUCUCACAAUCGGCGCAUCGACAUGGCCUCUCGCCGCCGACUUUAUUGGCCGUCGCCCUGCCUUUAACAUCUCACUGCUUUGUUCUUCCCUAUCUGCCUUGGUCGCUGCAGGCUCACCGAACUUUGUCGCUAUGGCCACGCUCUGUGCUAUGAUUGGCGUUGGCGCCGGCGGCAAUCAUGCGGUUGACAGUGCUAUCUUUCUGGAAUAUAUCCCGGCCACACACCAACAUCUACUGACCGUGCAGUCGGUCUUCUUGGCAACCGGGAUUGCUGUAGCUGCUUUGGUCUCCUGGCCCCUCGUCGUCAACUUUACAUGCCCUGCCGGGACGCCGCAAAGCGAAUGUGGGUUUCACGAGAACAUUGGGUGGCGGUAUAUCUACUGGACCCUAGGUGGCUUUACUCUCUUUCUCAGUUUCUGCCGCUUCAUGUUCGGGCUGUACGAAACACCAAAGUAUCUGCUGGGGAGAGGCAAAGAUGAGGCAGCCGUCAAGGUCAUCACGAAGAUGGCCGCGCGGGAUGGGAAAACGACCUGGCUGACCUUGGCACAUCUCCAGGCCGUAGACGCACGGCUGGAAGCGGCUGCACUUCUAGCAGACGACCGCGACUCUCAGAGCGGUGGUGCUGGUUUGCACGCCACAGCCAACAAGACGACGAUCCAACGAUUUAUGGCAAAGUGGGCGCCUAACAAGGUACGAGCACUGUUUUCGACUCCGCGAAUGGCUCUCUCCACUAGCAUGAUGAUCGUGCUCUGGACAGCGAUUGGAAUGUCUUACCCUUUGUACAAUUCUUUCAUUCCCUUCUAUCUGGAAAGAAAGGGUGUCGCGGUUGGCGCCUCAAGUCUGGACAUCACAUACCGCAACUAUACGAUCCAAGCAGUUUGUGGUCUACCAGCUGCUAUUCUCGGUGGCUUUUCUGUGAGGCUGAAGAACGUGGGUCGCAAGGGAACUGGCGCAUUUGCAUGCAUAUUCACAGGACUAUUUCUGUUUCUGUACACUCAGGCCAGCAACUCUGCAGCCGUCCUCGGCUUUUCCUGUGCGAUCUCCUUCUUCCAGUUCCUGAUGUACGGAUUGCUCUACAGCUAUACACCUGAGCUCUUUCCGGCACCGAUAAGAGGAACGGGUAAUGGUUUGAUGAUGACAUUCAACCGUCUGGCCGGUGUGAUGGCUCCUCUCAUCGCUGCCUAUGUUGGCAUUGAGACGGAUACUCCUAUCUGGAUUUGUGCAUCUCUCCUGACUUUGUCCGGGUUCGUGUGUCUUCUCCUGCCUUAUGAAAGCCGGGGACGUGCAGCCUCUUGA